GAGGCCAGAGCGCGCGCAGACUCUGCGCCCGCCCCGGGAGCGCCCGAAGAAGCCCGGACGUCGAGGACGACGUGAAGUAGCAGCGAACCCGCGACAUGCGCCGGGGCGCGCCGCCGGUGGCUCGAGCCGAACCGGGCUGAGCCGGGCACGAAACGCAACAGGCGGUCAGCGGCACGUCACCACUCUUCCUCAUUCCUUCCAACACUUGGACCGUGUUUUGUGACUUUCGCCUGCCUCUUUCCACUCCUCCCAAACACCCCGCCGGCGGUACUUUCGGUGAGCUUUCUCUUCGUGGAACUGUGGUGGCGGCAACGAGGAACGUCAGCUGGAUUCGCAAGUCAACGCGAGUUUGGGACCCUCGGAGCGACCGAACUCUGCCGGGUUGGUGGACUCGGGACUGGACUGUGUUGUGCAGUGCGCUGGGAAACGGAACGGACGGUGACGUGAUGACAACUAUGACGACGAUGCGACGGUGUCCGAAGAGGAGGCGACCGGUCGCCCUGGUGGGAUUCGCCGUCAUCAUGUGUGCUUGUCGUUGUUGCUGCUUGGAUGAAGCGACCGACUCUGGACCCGAUGAUAUGGAGGCCGGAUCGAGCUGCCCGCCUGGACAAGUACCGUGCGGAAACAGCUCCUCGGAGUGCCUUCCGAGGCGGCUUCACUGCGAUGGUUUUCCAGACUGCAGAGAAGGCGAAGACGAAAAGGACUGCACUGACCUGCACGGAGGCCUCUCAGCGGUUCUAGGCGUCCUGUUCAACUGGAGUACGCACAAUGUCAGUAGAACACAGGACUCGUCCCCUCGGUUCUCCUGUAAUCGCACAGAUGUACCAAAGGCUUGUUACUGUGAUCUCCACUCAAAGAGCAGAGUGUUCUGCCUCAAUUCGAACCUCACCCAAGUCCCAAGGGCGAUUCCUGACGUGACCCGUCUUACGUUUACAAACAACACCAUGGGAAUUCUACCUCCUAACGCAUUCUACGGCUACAUGAAUUUAACGAGCCUGAUGAUUGUGAACUCUAUUACUGGUAUACAACCUGGAGCGUUUCAUGGGCUUGACAUGCUACGAAUCAUGACGAUUGAAAACAAUAACAUUUCUCGAAUAGACACGAAUUCUUUUGGCGGCCUCUACAACUUAGUCUGGCUGACGCUAAAGUACAACCGCCUCGAAGCGCUCGACAUUGACGUGUUCGAAGACCUGCGUUCGCUCGAGAUUCUCAACAUGGAAGGAAAUGGACUGAAGAGGAUAGCUAAACCUUUUCCAGAGCUGGCAUAUCUCACGUGGCUAGAUCUGAAGAGAAACCAGAUUGAGGUGAUACACGCCGACACAUUUGAGAAUCUUCUCAACCUGGAAGCUCUAAUAUUGCGUGAAAACCAUUUGAUGGAUGUUCAUGAAGAGGCGUUUCGGUAUAACACGAAGAUGCUGGAAAUAGACCUCGCAGUCAAUUUCUUAACGUUCGUACGUCCUGGUUUGUUCCAUGGCCUCCGCAACCUUAAGAAGAUUGACCUGUCAGCCAACGCCAUCAAGACUCUACCAGUCACACUAUUCCACAAUCUUCGAAGCCUCAACUCACUGAAUCUAUCCGGCGUGGAAAUUAACAACAUCGAGAUCCGACAUUUCCGGCACUUGCCAAAGCUGGAGUUCAUUUACUUCAAGAAGUUCCAGUACUGCAGUUACGCGCCGUACGUGCGCAUCUGCGCGCCCAAGACGGACGGUCUCUCGUCCACGGAGCACCUGCUGGUGUGGCCCGUGCUUCGGCUGUCCGUCUGGGUGGUCGCCCUGACCACGUGCGCCGGCAACAGCGUCGUGCUCGCGUGGCGCCUGCUCUCCAAGAAGGAGGACCGCGUGCUCUCGCUCUUCAUCCGGAACCUGUCCGUGGCCGACUUCCUCAUGGGCGUCUACCUCGUCACCGUGGGCUCGCUCGACGUAGCGUUCCGCGACGAGUACAACAAGCACGCCCACCAGUGGAUGUCCUCCUGGCACUGCACCCUGUGCGGACUCCUCGCCAUGGUCUCCUGCGAGGUGUCCGUCCUCAUCCUCUCCCUAAUCACGGUCGAGCGCUACCGCUGCAUCAAGACGAACGUGCGCGCCGUGACGGUGACAGCGGCGCGCUACUGCUUGGCGAUCGUCUGGCUGCUGGGUUUGGGGUUGGCCGUGUUCCCCGUGGUCAAGUGGCCGCAGCAGCGCGCCUUCUACUCCAGCAACGGCCUCUGCUUUCCCCUCCACAUAGAUGACCCCUUCAUGCUCGGGUGGGAGUACUCGGCCUUCGUCUUCCUAGGCGUCAACUUCUUCGCCAUGGUGCUUAUCAUGGGUCUAUACCUGUCAAUGUUCACGAUCAUCCGAGAAGACAGACAGCGCGCACGUCCGGUCACCUUGAAGAAGCAGGAGGACGUGGUGCUCGCGCUGCGAUUUUUCUUCAUUGUGCUCACCGACUGCCUCUGCUGGAUUCCCAUCGUCAUCAUAAAGAUUCUGGCCCUCUGCGAAGUGCGUAUCUCGGAGAACGUGUACGCAUGGGUCGUGGUGUUCAUCCUGCCAAUCAACAGUGCUCUGAACCCGGUCAUCUACACGCUUGCAGCGCCGACGGAACUGAGGCGUCGCAUCCAGAAGUUCUCCCAGCGCAUCCUCAAAUGCCACAAGCAAAUCGAGUGCAUGUUGACCAGUAACAGGACUCCGCGAUCGUCAGUGGCCACUCAGAGCCUGACCGGCACAGACAUAGCCUCCGCGUCGACGGAUUGUACAUCUGCUGCUGGCUCGUACCACCCAAUGGCCCGCCAGUCGAUCGCCGCCAUCCACGAGCUUUCCGAGUCUUCCGAAGCCGACGACACAAUUCUCUGAAGCGUUUCGACUGCGCCAGUGAAACAGCGUGGUUAUCAGCCAAUGUCAUGACACACGUGUCUUCCCCUUCCUCUCCCCGCCUCUACACGAUCUAGGAGACGACCGCCAACGGUGUAUAACACCCUGCUAGCGGCGGCCGCUACGGGCGUGUACACAAAGGCUCAGGACUAUCUCACGUCUAUAGUGUGGUCGCAGCUUUUCUGAGAAAGAGCGCAUUGUGGCCAUUUACAUAGUCGUCAAGGAAGUGUAUUUGCAGAGACAGAGAGGUCGUUCGACGCUUAGCCUGGGGCGAUGCGUCGCUGGCUCUGGCUGGCACUCAGAAGACGCUCGCACCGUCGAGGCACAGUUGGCGUUCGCGAGUUUAAAUGGCCGGGAAGAGUGCUCGUCAGGAAAUUGAAGACUUCAUGGCUCGAGUGGUUGCGGAGAAAUCCACUUAUUCAGUGAUCAGUUCAUUCACAAAACAUUUCAUUGAUCCAAGCUUCUGUGACACUGAUGAUAUGUGUCAGCCUUUGUGCAGACUGUUUCUUUGUCUCGAGGGUGCAUCGUUUCAUUAACGGGGUUUGAGGCCCACAUUUCGCGUUAUGUUCUCCGUGUUUUCCUAUGUCAUGUGAAUGCACCGAUCACGAUGCGCCGCUGUUAUUUUUUUUUUUUGAAGAUAAUUAAUAGCGUGAAGUGUGCGCUAUGCAGACGCUGCACCGGCCUAAAAUUCGAAUACCGGUUCUCAUUCGUUACUAUCACCUAGUCUAAUUAUAUUGAUUGGGUUCAUUUCGUCCGAGGAAGAGAAUGAGGCAACAAAAUACACGGAAACAAAGAGAAGUUAGUCAGUUCCCAAACCGGCUGGCUUUUCUGGGCUGGUGAAACGGGUAAGAGAAAUAAAAAAUGAUAGAAGAGACAUGUUCGUCCCAAAAAACUUUUAAGAAACAUACUAGCCACCGAGUGGGGGACCUUAUCGAAGAUUUAUGCUUACGAAGUUUGAGGUCGCAUUACAUAAUCAGCCAUGACUUUGUACAUGACAAUGACAUUUCUAUUCAGAGAAUCCCCAUUCGUGAAAUCAACCCCAAUAAGAGCGCGGGCACUUUCAAAAACUGAAAUGCAGUUUUAUCGAAGCGAAAGUUCAAGCGUUCAUUUCAUCCAGUUCAAACUGAUAUAAAGUGAAUGCAGCCGGAAAUUUUCUGGUCUCUCGUAAUGCUGGUGAUGAAUACAUUAAUUUCAAUGAGACAAAGCAUGUGUUUCACAAUACCUGCGUUACUUAUAGCAAACGCAGCAUUCAGACCACAGGCUGAUUUUUUUUUUAUAUUUGGACAUGGGCAUAGCGAGCAAUGUUGUCAAACGACAUUCGUAGUCACACCGCAUAGGAAGCAGCAAGUAGGCAUAGGUUCAAAGACUACAAUGCCGAAUUCACAAAGCCCUCCGUUCACAUGCGCUCUUUGUCACUGGUUCACCACCUUCGCUAUAAUGCCCAGCGUAGUCAUUGGCUUUUUUAAACAGGAAAGUGUUUCAAGACUUCACAGACGUCAUUUCCGUCACGGAAGCGACGUCGGUAACAUGCACGCGAACAAUAACCAAGAAACAGUCGCCUUCCCCCACAAAAAAAAA